AUGGCAGUAUGGUUGAACCAAUCAUCCACAGAUGACUUCGUCCUUUUGGGCAUUUUUUCCCACAGUCCAACUGAUCUUGUUCUUUUCUCUGUAGUCAUGACAGUCUUCACAGUGUCCCUCUGUGGGAAUGUUCUUCUCAUCUUCCUUAUCUACACUGAUCCACGACUUCACACUCCCAUGUACUUCUUCCUUAGUCAGCUCUCCCUCAUGGACCUAAUGUUGGUCUGUACCAAUGUGCCAAAGAUGGCAUUCAACUUCCUGUCUGGCAGGAAGUCCAUCUCCUUUGUGGGUUGUGGUAUACAAAUUGGUCUUUUUGUCUGUCUUGUGGGAUCCGAGGGGCUCUUGCUUGGACUCAUGGCUUAUGACCGUUACGUAGCCAUUAGCCACCCACUUCACUAUCCUAUCCUCAUGAAUCAAAAGGUCUGCCUCUGGAUGGUUGGGAGCUCCUGGGCUUUUGGGAUACUAGAUGGCUUGAUUCAGAUGGUGGUAGUAAUGAACUUCCCUUACUGUGACUUGAGGGAGGUGGACCACUUCUUCUGUGAGAUGCUAUCCUUGUUGAAACUGGCCUGUGUAGAUACAUCCCUUUUUGAGACAGUGAUAUUUGUUUGCUGUGUUUUCAUGCUGCUCUUUCCCUUUUCCAUCAUUGUGGCCUCUUAUGGUCGAAUUCUGGGGACUGUGCUCCGUAUGCGCUCUACUCAGGCCCAAAAAAAGGCUCUGACCACUUGCUCCUCGCACCUGACAGCUGUCUCCUUCUUCUAUGGGGCAGCCAUGUUCAUCUACCUGAGACCAAGGCCCUACCGGGUCCCUAGCCAGGACAAGGUGGUCUCUGUCUUCUACACAGUCCUUACUCCUAUGCUUAAUCCUCUCAUUUAUAGCUUGAGGAACAGGGAGGUGAUGGGCGCACUGAGGAAUGGAUUGAACCACUGCAGGAUCAGUAAUCAGCACUAA